GUGAUACAAGAGGUAAAGAUGUCUUUGCAAGGACCGGUGAUUUGCCCUGCCGUUCGUAGCAAGCAAGUUGGUGUUUAUACGCUGCCGUUUAAUAGCCCUUUUCCGAGGGCGAGAUUGCAUCGAAGUGAUAUAUGGGGAUUCAGAGGGAUAAUUGAUGGAAAGUGUAAGCCACGUGUCGUUUCCGGUCACCUGAAGCUUCGGAAGCGCAACACCACGGUACACUGUAUUUUCAGUUCAUCCUCAGAUGGGAGUGGAAGCAUGGCUCAGAAUUUCAAUGAGAACGAUGAAGAUUAUGUUACUUCCAGUGUGGUUGAAGCUGUUGAGGUGAGGAGUGGAGCUGAUGGAUUUAUGAUCAAAAUGAGGGAUGGUAGGAAUUUAAGGUGUAUCCAUAACAAUCCUCAUGGUGGGCAACUGCCUGAUUAUGCACCGCAUCCCGCCAUCGUUCUGAAGAUGGAAGAUGGGACCGGUCUUCUUCUCCCGAUCAUUGUUUUGGAGAUGCCAAGUGCACUGCUCAUGGCAGCAGUGCGUAAUGUUCGAAUAGCUAGACCUACUAUGUAUGAAGUGGCGAAGAACAUGAUUGACAAGAUGGGCUACAUGGUAAAACUUGUUAGAGUUACUAAAAGAGUGCAUGACGCCUAUUUUGCUCAGCUGUAUCUUACCAAGGUGGGUGAUGAGACAGAGUCCAUCACUUUUGAUCUUCGGCCUUCUGAUGCCAUAAACAUUGCCGUGAGAUGCAAGGUACCUAUACAAGUGAACAAGUACUUGGCAUACAGUGAUGGUAUGCGCGUAAUUGAAUCAGUGAAGCUGUCAACGCAGUCCCCAGGUUCAGAUGGUUUAUUAAAGGAGCUGGAUCGGCCAAGCGAUCAGCAUUGUCUCGAUACGGAGGAAUUCAACAUUAUCUGCAACUUAAACAAGGCUGUCAUUCAGGAGCGCUACAAGGAUGCUGCCGACUUGAGAGAUGAACUCGGCAAGUUUCGUGCUCAAAGGAACUCGAGGAAAAUAUAAAUACCAGGUGAUGUUAAUAACUCGGAAGUAGAUUGGAUCUUUAAGGUGUAACCGGUUCAUAAUAUCGGUCUCCUGCACUCGUCAAUUGAAACAUUAACAAGUUGUUAGUUUUGUCUCAGUUGUUGUAUGGGCAACUUCAAAUGUAAAUAGGAAUUAUUGUUGGAAGCGACAUACAGCAGCAAAGCAAUCAGUUUAGUUAUCUUCUGCUAAAUAUGAAUGUAAUGUCUGUGAGUAUAUAUAUAUAUAUAUGUACAUAUGCAUAAGAAAA